UACUUUAGUCCCAACACAGACAGUCAGGAAUCACAUUGCUCAAGGAGGUGGGAAGAGCCAAGUCAAACAGGAAUUGAUAACAUCUAUUGCUAGAAAAUUCUGAGCAAUUAGAUAAGACUCACCUUGUAAGGCUUUUGUUACAAGUUUACGGGCUUCCUCUUGGUCCAUCAACCCCUGCACACUCAAAGAAGAUGGAGCGAUCUACACAAGAGCUGUUCCUUAACUUCAUGAUCGUGUUGAUCACUGUAAUGUUGAUGUGGCUUCUUGUCAAGUCUUACCUAGAGUAAAUGGACUACAUGAUGAUUCUUAGAUGCACCUAAGUCUACAUUUCCAGCCCCUUCAGUGCCGAAGAGCAUUUUUUCACCAGUCUUCCUCUGCACUGAAAGGGCUGUGUGCACAAGUCAACGGCAUUGGUACAGUUUGUACGUGUUCAUUCAAUUUCCUGAUCAACCGCAACCUCAUCUACUGGAACCAAAGAGAGUUCUACCCUCGUGCACAACAUUUAGCUUCUAGAAGAUAAACACUGUCCAUAAUUCAGCCAACUGAUGCAUGUCGUGAAAAGCCUAUGAAGCUCUGAUGUACCGUGCUUCUUUCUCCCCAAGUCAAUAACAUGAAAACCAUCUUAUCAGCUCUUUUCUUUGAGCCCCCAUAAUAAAACAUACACUGGGACACAACAGGUUUUCAACUGAAUAAACUGAAAAGUUGAAA